CUUUAUCUCCCCUCUUUAACUAUCCAUCCUUCAUAAAGCACCUAAACUACGAUCGCUUGUAUUGUUCCAUAGAUCAUUGGUGCAGGUCAGAAGGAUAUAUCCCUGACACUAUGGAAAUAUAUGUGUUGCGAGCAUUACUUAGACUAAUGACUGAUAAGGGAGCGAUACUAAAGACCUUCAGGAUGCACCCGAAACAUUCAGGCGAUUCUAGAUAUUGUUUGAUGUAUGAACCCGAAAUCUGUGGAUUGUUCGAGAAAGUAAAGUUCCUGACUCAUUAUGGAUGCUGUUACGUGGAUUCUACCAUACUACCCGAAUUCUUUAAGAUCUGUAAAAAUGUGAAACAUCUCCGUCUCUGCAACUGGAAUACUCACAGUCCUCGCGCUCAACCUCAGAUCCUAGGCACAGAUAUCAUGCGUUUCAUAUCCAAACAGUCCUUGGUUUCUUUAAAUCUAACCGAAUUUCAAGGAUUCACUCCAUAUAUUCUCUCCAGUCUAUCUUCUCAAACGAAUUUCUUGAAAUGCUUACAUUUUGACAAUGUCGAUUUUGAGGGGUGCGAUCCCUGGAAUUGUAUUGCUGAAUGUAAAAAUUUGGAGGUUUUUAAGAUGGCAUAUUGCAUUAAUAUUGAUGCGGCGAUGGUGGAGCCCGUAUUGAAGGCAAGGUUUAGGAAGCUAACAAAGGUAGUGGUGUUAAAUGUGGAAUGUAAAGAGUUGAUAAUGUGGUCGAACAGGUUUAAUAAGUUAUAA